AGACACCAUGACACUACUCGCAUUCGCGUUCAAGGUUAUCAAAGUCCCUUGGAACUUCGUCCACUUUCUAUUGUUUUCCUUCUCGACUGGACGAGCAUCGCAUCGUGAGGUUGAGCCCGAAGUCCCCGAAGUCCCUGAUCUUCAAAAGCAGCUGCGGAAAACAGAUGAUGAGCUGCGGCGAGCACGACAGCAUUCCACUGAUCUAGAAGAGAGGUAUAGGAAGGAACGGAAAGCAUUGGACGAGGCACAGAGCAAGCUGGACCAGUCCAUUGCCAUCUUGCACACGCGCGAGCAGGACCUACAGAGGGCAAAGGAAAUCAUUACACGACGUGAGCAGACGAUAUCACAGCUCCAAUCCCAGACCGCGGCCAUCGAGACAAUGCUUGCGCAGAACAACGCACUGUUGGACACGAGGACGCGAGAGCUCGAGGUAGCCCAAGUCUUCCUGACCAAGCAAGAGUCCUUCACGGAAAAGGAGAUUAUCGACCAGAUCGAGGGGCUCAACUAUGAGAUAUUCCAGGUCGCUAUCGUGCUUUCCGAUGAAUGGGAGAGCGAAGAAGAAUGUGAGACGGACGGAAAACUGCAGGAUAGGGACACAACGAAGACGGUGCGCAACGUGAAUGAGGACGAGCAAGCACACGCAGUGCUCGAAGAAAUCCGCUCUUGGUCGACUCCACGCAUAGCCGAGAUCACCCAACUUGCAUCACAGAUAGAAGACCCGCUUGCCCUGCAGGUCGUGUUUCAAGCGUACCUCACACAUAUCGUGGCUUCAUUCAUGUCACAAUGGCAAUUCGCUGAUCAUGGCUUGAACCAAGCUAUGGAUCGUAUUUUCUCUGCACUUGAGAACGAAGAACCACCGGCAAUUUCUGGACGAUGGAGAGCGCUGACCCACCAGUACACCCAAAAAGUGUUUCACCAAGAACAGACACCAGACUCGCUCGCCGAUUUCCUAGCGGAGACAUUGACUUCAUGCGUGCUCUGUGCAGGUCGGGAUCGAGACCGCGCUCGAAUCAAGCAUGCAAUUCUCCAGAAAGCAGGCGAUGGACUUCGAGAGGUCGCUACGUUUGUUUUCAGGUUGAAUAAGGCGAUCGGGGAGGGGAUCACGACAAGCAUGCUGUUGCCGAUGGUGGUGAUGGGCGGAGAGAUGUUUGACGUUCGCAACAUGGAGGACGGAUACACGGAGGCAAAGGAAUCGGGACCCGUGAUGUGCACAACGAGUAUGGGUCUUAUGAGAGACCUCAAGAGGGACGAUGGGAAGCGGAAUCGUGCUGUGCUGUUGAAGCCGAAGGUUGCUUUGGAGAGCGUGCUGGCAAUGUUGGCGGAGAAUUAGGUAGCCCCAGCUAGCUCCAUCCUCUCGGAAUGUUGACCUAUAAUAGACGAUCUGAAGCGAUG